UGAAAUAUCAUCCAAUAUAACCUCUAAAAGUGGUAAUUCGAAGCACAACGAUAUCUAAUUUUGUUACCGAAUUUCUUAAAGCUAUACGUAACAGUUAAAGGUCGGCGUUUGCUAUUUGGAAGCGGUAUCACAACAUUCUUUAAGAAAUUCGUGGUGCUUGUAUUACGAAUCAUAACGAGAUGAUCACUCAGGAGCCUGCGGAGUCAAAUUGUGGCCUUUGCGAACUCACGGAUGAUUACGAUGCAAUGGUAGUAUGUGACAUGUGCCAUUCCUGGUUCCACUUUAAAUGCGCGAAUGUAGAUUCUAGCGUAGAGUCCCGUCCCUGGAACUGUAUAAAUUGUGUGAAAGUUGCUACUAUUCAGGAUGCCAUAGAGCAAGUACAAUUAAACCAAACAAAAGAUGUUCCGGUUCUGAAGGUAACAAAAGCUACUACGGAGAAUUCAUCCAAGGUUGGAUCGAAGCGCUCGAAACUCGAAAGUAAACAAAACAGCCGAUACUGCUUGGAACAAAAACUCAAGCUCGUUCGGGAACAGCAGAAGUUACGACAAGAAGAGCUUGCAUUGGAAUACGAAACAAGAAAAAAGCAAUUAGAAAUCGAUAAUGAAUUUCGCAAAAAACAGCUCCAGGUACAGCAACUUGUCCUUGAGCAGGAAAAAAUAAUUCUCGAUGAGUUGUCAGUGCAGGGAAGCAGCCGUACCAGCGGUAUUACGUCUGUAAAUGGAACGAAAGACAAAGUUCAGAAAUGGUUGGUGGAAACGGAUAAGCAAAAUCCAGCCCCCGAACAGCCUUCAAUUUCCGCCAUUCCCUUACCACCAUUACCACCAAACAAUUCGUCAAUGAAUCCGUCAAUGGAUCUGUCGAUGAAUCCGUCAAUAUAUGACGACCCUCGUCAUUUAGUGCCCUCAUGCUCUGGGACCAAUCUGUUGAACGUGAGCACACACACUCAGAAACCGAUGGAAUUUGAGCUUGGCCCAACAGCAUGCCAACUUGCUGCUCGGCAGGUCAUGGGGAAAGAGCUACCAACAUUUUCGGGCAAUCCGGAGGAAUGGCCAAUAUGGAUCUCCAAUUAUGAGCAGUCAACUGCAACCUGCGGAUUUUCAGAUAAUGAGAAUUUAAUACGAUUACAACGGUGUUUGAGAGGACAAGCACUGGAAAGUGUACGAGGUCAUCUAUUGUUACCAGAAAGUGUUUCACAUGUCGUAUCUACCCUACGUAGACGAUAUGGACGUCCCGAGCAAUUAAUUCGCUCAGUAAUAGACAAGAUUAGACAGCUACCACCACUCAGAGCGGAUAAUCUAGAAAAGUUAAUUGAAUUUGGCACUGCAGUGGAAAACCUUGUGCAGUAUAUUAAAGGAGCCAAGCAGUAUGCUCACUUAACAAACCCCAUGUUACUACAAGAAAUGCUAACGAAAUUGCCCACCCAAUUCAAACUCGAAUGGUCUGUGUACAAAAGUAAGCUACAAGAUGUUUCGUUAGCUAACUUCGGAGAGUUCAUGUCUGCGCUCGUGAAUAUGGCAUGUGAGGUAAUAGAUAGUGCCCCACUGGACACGCUAGAAUCCAAGUCCAAGGCGAAGGAAAGGGGAUUUAUCCAAUCACAUGAAGAAGUAACACUUCAAUCGGUCGGAUCAGAAGUCGUGACACCAAAACCAUCGAAAAUGUGUGUAGCUUGUAAAUGCUCAAGUCAUCGAGUUGCCGAUUGUGAUAUUUUCAAAUCCUGGUCGUACGAAGAAAAAAAUCGUGUCGUUCAACAACAUUCGCUAUGUACAGGGUGA